AUGGCAAAGGUUGUUGUUGAUACAGCUGAUUAUGAGCUUACUGAAUACGAUACACAACGUAUUAAAAUACCGUUUGACGACGAUCGAUCUGAACAGAUGUCACAAACUUAUAGAAAUGCUACUUUCGUAGGUGAACGAUCAGAUCCUGAAAAUGGAGUUAUUAUUACUACGAAAUUACCAAAUAAAACCACUGUUGACGAAGAUGACGACGAUGAUAAUGAUGAGGAUAAAAAUAAUGCUGGUUUUGAACGAUUACCUGGUGAAGGAAACAAAAUGGGUAUAUUCAUAAUGAAAAUACGUCAAAUUAUAGUUAAUUUUAUUAAAGAAUUCAAAAGUAUAAUAGCAUAUGGAUUGAAAAUUUUAUGUUUAAUUGGUUUUAUAAUUUAUUUUGGUUUUGCUAUGAGUAAAAAAUUUGGCACACCUGCUUUUCCUAUCGAUGGAAAUAUUUUUUCUGGAAAUGCCGGUUUUGCUUUAUUCUUUCUUGUUGCUUUUACUGUUUUUGUUGUUGCAUGGGAGAAAAUUCUCGGACGUUCAUUAGAACGUGUCUUCAAAUAUAUCUCGAAAAGUACCCGUGCUAAUCCUCAAUCAAAAAGAAUUUUUCAUCAAAUAAACAAAUUUUCUUGGAUUGGACAUAUCUUGGUUUUUCUUGCUGUUGCACUUUAUCUUGGACUGACAAUGAAACGAGCAGAAAAUCUUGUUUCACUUAGUGGUAUUGCUAUAUUAAUUAUUCUUGGAACACUUGGUUCAAAAUAUCCUCAUCGAAUUCGAUGGAAAACCGUAUUUUAUUCAUUUAUACUACAGUUUAUAUUAGCAGCAAUUGUCAUUCGUCUUGAAGUUGGUUUUCAAUUUUUUGAUUUUCUUGGAAAAGAAGUAGUGAAAUUUAUUGAUAAUGCUGCAGCUGGAGCAAUAUUCGUUUUUGGAGUGAAUUAUGAAGAUCAUUUUUAUGUAUUUAAGGUUACUUCAAUAAUUAUUUUUCUUGGAUCAGUAAUAAAUGUUCUGUAUUAUUUGGGUGCUAUGCAAUACAUUAUAGGAAAAAUUGCAUGGCUUAUGCAAAAAUGUUUAGAUACAACAGCAGCUGAAUCAAUGAAUGCAGCUGCAAAUAUAUUUGUUGGAAUGAGUGAAGCACCAUUGAUGAUUAUGCCAUUAGUACCAACAAUGACAACAUCUGAACUUCAUGCUGUUUUAGUUGGUGGUUUUGCAACAAUGGCAGGAUCUGUUCUUGCGACAUUUAUCUUUUUCGGUGUUCCGGCAAAUCAUUUAAUUGCUGCUAGUGUUAUGGCUGCACCAGGUGCUCUUGGAUUUGCGAAACUUUUAUUACCAGAAACACAUAAAUCGAAAACAUCAUGGGAAACAGUCAAAAAUGUGCCAUUACCUGAUCAAUACAAUGUAAUCGAUGCUUUAAUGACUGGUGCUGGAAAUGCAUUAAAAAUUUGUGGUUAUCUAAUUGCGAAUUUAAUCGCAUUUAUUAGUAUACUAAAUUUUCUUGAUAUCACAAUCGCAUGGUUUUUUGGUCUUGUUCAUCAUCCUGAAGUUAAUUUUCAAUAUUUACUUGGUUUAGUCUUCUAUCCGUUUGCAAUUAUAAUUGGUGUACCACUUCAGGAUUGUUUUCUUGGAUCAAAACUUAUUGGUAUUAAAGUUAGCUUAAAUGAAUUUAUUGCUUAUCAAGAACUUGGUGUAAUUCGCAAGUUACGUGAUGAACUUAUACAAAAUAAUACAUUUCCGUUAUAUUUAAGUGGUAAUUUAACAUUACCAGAGGGCACGCAAAUGUUGUGGAAUGAUAGUUCACUUAUCAUUUUAACUUAUGCUUUAUGUGGAUUCGCUAAUUUUGGUUCAAUGGGUAUUGCAUUAGCAACACUUGGUGUAUUUGCACCCGAACGAAAACGAGCUUUAGUUAAAAUUGCACCACGAGCAUUAAUCGGUGGUAAUAUGGUUUCAUUAAUGACUGCAUCUAUAGCUGGUUUACUUUAUAAUCCUAGUACUGCAAUCCUACCAAUAUUAGAACUGAAUACUACGAAUACUACUCUAUUUUAA